CUUGAUUCUUUUUGGUCAUGACUAUCAUCUCAACUUCUCCCUAUUCUAACAUUUCUCACUCUAAAAUCUGGUCGUGGUUCGGCAUGGAUACCCGCCGAACCGAUGAUUUUGCACGCCUCUUUUUCACCUUUGUCGGCGUUUUCGUGAUUUUCCGGUAUUCAUUGAUGUGCAUCAAAUCCAAGAACCGAAACCCAAAAUCAGCACCAGGCCCUCGAGGCCUCCCUAUAGUGGGAAGCCUUCCUUUCCUUGAACCCGACCUUCACUCUUUCUUCGCUCAACUAGCUCGCACCUACGGACCAGUCGUCAAACUCCGGCUCGGAAGCAAGAUUGGUAUCCUGAUCUCCUCCCCGUCCACAGCUCGAGAAGUACUCAAAGACCAAGACAUCACAUUCGCCAACCGUGACGUGCCGGUGGUCGGCCUGUUAGCAACCGGGGGUCGUGAUAUAGUUUGGAGCCCCAACGGUCCUCAAUGGAGGAUGUUAAGAAAGGUAUGUGUUCUCAAAAUGCUUAACAAUGCUACUUUGGACAAGAUGUAUAUGCUCCGCUGUAGAGAAGUACGGAAAACCGUGGAUUAUAUAUACGGUAACGCCGGAGCGCCGGUGAAUCUCGGUGAGCAAAUGUUUCAAACGAUAUUGAAUGUGGUGACCAAUAUGUUAUGGGGAAGCACGUUGGAGGGGAAUGCGGGGGCCAACGCCGGUGCGGAGUUCAAGCAAGUCAUGUCGGAAAUAACAGAGAUUCUUGGUCUGCCUAAUAUUUCCGAUUUCUUCCCGGUGCUUGCCCCGCUUGAUUUGCAGGGUCUAUGCAAACGUAUUGCAAAACCAUUGGAGAAGUUGAAUAGAAUCAUCGAUAACAUGAUCGAUCAACGGCUGAAGGUGGAGAAAAAAAGCGAGAACUCGUUAGGGGAAGUGAAUGACUUUUUACAGAUUCUGAUACAGUUGAAGGAUGAAAAUGAUUCCAAGACACCUCUCACCAUGGAUCAUAUCAAAGCCUUGCUCUUGGAUAUGGUGGUGGGGGGAACAGAUACAUCCUCCAAUUCAAUUGAGUUUACAUUGGCUGAAGUCAUCAACAAUCCAGAAGUAAUGAAAAAAGCACAGAAAGAACUAGAUGAAGUUGUUGGCAAAGACAACAUCGUGGAAGAAUCUCAUAUCCAUAAAUUACCUUACCUACUCGCAAUCAUGAAAGAGUCGCUGCGUUUGCACCCGGUUCUUCCUCUCCUGGUGCCCCACUGCCCCGGCGAAGCCUGCACCGUCGGCGACUACACCAUCCCUAAAGGUUGCAGGGUGUUCAUCAACGCAUGGGCAAUUCACAGGGAUCCUUGCAUAUGGGAAAACCCGUUGGAGUUCAACCCUGACCGGUUCUUGAACAGUCGAUUGGAUUUCAGUGGGAAUGACUUCAGUUAUUUUCCUUUCGGGUCCGGCAGAAGAAUGUGUGCCGGAGUAGCAAUGGCUGAGCGGAUGGUAUUGUAUUUGGUUGCCACGGUUUUGCAUUCUUUUGAUUGGAAAGUGGCGGAGGAAGAAAAGUUUGAUCUGUCGGAGAAGUUUGGUAUUGUUCUCAAGUUGAAGAAUCCACUUGUUGCGAUUCCACUGCCGAGGCUAUCAAAUCCAGCUCUCUACCGGUUGAAGCUCUAGAUGGAUUGGUAUGGUACCAAUGAAAACAGAAUAUUAUGUUUGAAUUUCAAUAUUUUACUUAUUAUAUUCAAGUUAAUUAUAUCAAA